AUGGCAGGCAGUCAAGAGAAUUGCAGACAACACCGUGAAUGGCCGGCGGCGCGGGACAGAAAGUCCGUAAAUAACCGGGGGGGGGGGGGGGGGGGAGGGGGGGUCAGCUCUUGUACUAAUGGACGUACAGGGUUCAUGGCGGAGAUAGGUUUACUAGAAAACAACAACACCAAAGACAAAUACGAGAAAGCUGGUUUCGCUAAAUAUCGAACAUUUCGGCGGAAAAAGAACUCGCCCGAAAAGUACCCAGUACAACACAUCGAUAAAAGUAAUCAAUAUCCACUCCCCCAACCGUAG